AUGGAUACUCCACUUUGGUUACGUUGGGCAAAAGUUUAUGCUGCAGGGGGUGUUAUUAUAGGUACUGGAUUAUUAUUAUUUAAAUACGUUACUCCCACUGAUGAACAAUUAUUGAACUCAUUUUCUCCAGAGGUCAGGUUAGAAUACGAACAACAGAAAAAAUUACGUGAAGCUGAACAACAAGAAUUAAUGAAAGUUGUCCAACAAACUUCUACGAGCAAUGACCCAAUUUGGAAGACUGGUAGUAUUGUAUCACCAUGGGAGAGGGCCGAUGAAGGUAAAAAUGAUCCAAACCAAAGAUAUGCAUUUCAGAAGCUUAAAUCUAGUGAAGUUCAAAAAGAUGAAUUGAAGAAGAUAAGAGAUGAGUUACAACAACUUAGAGUACAAAGUGAAGCUAAAACUAACCAAAUUGUUCAAGAAAAGAUGAAAAAUUGGUGGAAGUUUUGGUGA